AUGAAGGUCAUCCUGCAGCGUGUGCUGUCGGCGUCCGUGACGGUGGACAAGGAGAUGAUCUCGUCCAUCGGCAAGGGAGUCCUCGCCUUUGCCGCCGUGGCCCCCGGGGACACGGAGAAGGAGGCCGACCUGAUGGCGGCCAAGGUCCUCCGGAUGAAGCUCUGGGACGACGACGAGGGAGGCAAGUGGAAGCGCAGCGUAGCUGACAUUGAGGGCGAGGUCCUGUGUGUGUCGCAGUUUACUUUGCUGGCCAGCACCAAGAAGGGCGCCAAGCCCGAUUUUCACGGCGCGGCCAACCCGGAGGAGGCGCGGCGGCUCUACCACUACUUUGUGCAAAAGGUGCGAGUCGGGUACCAGGAGGAGAGGGUCAAGGACGGGCAGUUCCAGGCCAUGAUGGAAGUGGCUCUCGUCAACGACGGACCGGUUACUCUAGAGCUGAAGAACGGCGCCAAGACCGAUUAA